AUGAAUAUAGUCAAAAAAGUGUACCCUUAUUUAUAAAAGUAAUAGUUUAUUUUUCUUGGUUAAUAUCAUUUGGUUUUGCUUGUUUUACCUAUUUUAUAAGAAUACGAAGAUGCCGGAGAAUUUACAAAAGAGCAAAAAUUAAAAAGAUCAUUAGUAAAUAAUUUAAUUAUAUAUGGAAUAUUUGGAGUUUUUGGAGGAUUAUUUAUGGCAUAUUUAUUUUAUAUAGGAUAAAUGAAAAUGUAAAGAUAUAAAAAAUUAAAAAAGAUAAUAUUAUAUAAUUAUAAAUAAUUUUUAAAAAUUAAGAAUAUACAAAUUAAAAUUUAAAAAUCAAAUAAUUAUUUUUUUUAUUUAUAAAUUUUAUAUUUUUUUAUUAGAGAAUCUAUGAUGGACUUUUUUGCUUGCUUAUCAAAUUAUUUUGGUUAGCUUUUAGUUGUAUUACUUUUAGGACAUGGACUAGUAGCAAUUCCUAGAAAGUAUUUAAAUUUAAGAAGUUAAGAGUUAAAUCUGUAAUAUUACUAAGGUUAAGCAAAAUCAAUCGAAGCUAAUCUUUUAAAAAGCAAAUUCUAAAUUGAAUAUACAAUAAAGCAAUUAUAUUUUAUUAGAGAAUAAUUUAAAGAAACUGAAUAUAGUUAACUUUGUGACUAUAUAAUAAAAGUAAUACCAAAGUCUUUAAAAAAUUAAAUAGAAAAACAAUCAUUAAUUGAUGAAAAAUUUAAAGGAUUAAACGAAAUAAAUAUGAAUAAAAUAAUAUAGUUGCAUAAAGAAAUAAAGAAAUAAUUAGGAGAUUAUUAUCGAAACGAAACUAAAUGGAAUAUGUUAUUAUAAAAUAUUUUUUUAAUAGAGGAUAUAUUAGAAAACUAAUACUCUAUAAAUAAUAAAAUACGUUCUACUUUUUGGGUUGAAAGAAGGGAUUUAAUAGGAAAUUUUUUUGAUAAAUUAUAAUGGUUAUGGUAUGUAAAGUUAAAAUCUAAAAUAUUUUUUGGACUUGGUAUUAUUUUUUCUAUUUCUAGCAUUUUUAUUGUAUAUUGUGAGCUUUGUAUAUUUUUUAAUAUUAAUUAAUAUUAGAGUAUUAUAAAUAUUAAAUAAGAUUAUUUUUUUAUGCAAUUAUAAAUGAUAGCGCCUUUACUUUAUAUUUCUUUUUGUACAUACUAUGGACUUUUUAGAAUCUAAUAUUCAGGUUUUUAUUGCUUUUUUAAACAAUAAAAUACUGAUGGACCUUCUCUACUUUUUGGUUCUAUUAAUUUUGCAAGAGUAAGUGUUGCUUUGUGUACUAAUUUUCUUAAAAUUGUUAGAGUUAAUAAUACAACUUAUGAAAAAGUUAUGGGUUAAUUUGAUUUUUAAAUAUUUGGUAAAUUUUCUAUUUUUUUCUUUUCAUUUAUCCUUGUCCUUUUCACUUUACUAAAUCUGUUUGACAUAUACGAUAAUCUUUUAUAAAAAUUUAAUCUUCAUUAGUUUGAAUUUACUCCUUAGUCAAAACCUGAUGAUAUUGAAGAAGGCAAAAAGAUAUUAUAUAAAGGUUUUACUUUUCUUAUUAAUAUAAUUUUUUUAUUUAUUUUUUUAGCAAGAUUAUAGUAGGAAAGAUCACUUUUAAGUAGGUAGUCUACAAAUUUAAAUAACUUUGCAGGUUAUAUGAAUAAUUUUAGUAUUAAUAGUUUCAGAGUAUCACAUUUUUACCAUAAUGAUGAAGAAAACAAAAUAAAAUAAGAAUAAAAAAAGGCUAAAUAAAUAUUUUUCAAAAAUCCUAAAUAUAUGAAUUAAUAAGAUGAUAUUAUAAAAGUUUGA